AUGGAGUCUGAAGAGGAACAGGAGGCUGAGGCCACCCAGAUGGCACAAGCACUUGUUGGGAACGUAGACUCCACUAAUGUCGUACAAGAUGCCAGCCAAGAAGUGGCAGCUAGUUCAUGGGUGCGGAGGUCCAGGAGGUACUGUAAAGAGUGGUUCUUGCAGUCAAAAGUUGCAAAACUUCAGCCAUCUCACCACGGAAAAUUUCCUUCUGAACAGUGCCCCAGUGAGUGGAUAGGUUACAAAAAGAAAUGUUAUUUCAUCUCAGAGGAGGAAAAAACCUGGACAUCUAGUCAGACCUUCUGCGCUAAGAAUAAGUCCUCGCUAGCCUUUUUUGAAAACCAGGAAGAAAUGCAUUCUUUAGCUAAGAAUUUGAAAAUAGAUGACACCUGGAUUGGAUUGCGCAAGAAAGGUGAAAGCUUCUACUGGGAGAAUGGUGUUGCCUUGGAGGGGGACUUGUUCCAGAUACAGAAUCACUCUGAGUGUGCCUACUUGGAUGCCUUUACUAUUUCUACAUCAGCAUGCUCUAUGCCCAGGCGCUGGAUCUGUAUCAAACUUCCCUAAAGGGAUGACUUAGAUCUUCAUUUGAUAUUGAUAGUUAAGAUUUAUCCAUUGUACAGUCACUUUGAAGAGAUGGUGGACCUGCUGCAGCCACGCUGUCUCAGAGCAUCUGGAAGCCUAAACUGGAGAGAAGAGGAUUCGUCUUGGCUUCCAAAAUGCGCUUCUCGAUCUUCUGUCCUAGGACAGAAAAGGAAUGUGCUUAGGCCUGUUUACAGAUCACCUACAGUGGAGUCUACCAGUGCGGGCUGAUGAAGCUGAAGGUUCAGUGGGAUUCCUGCUAGUCUUCUGAUAAAUAAGGAUCUCUCCGGGAGCUGCAACUGUUUGCUGGUGCUCCUCUGCUGAAGCCUCCCAUGCAUCAUCAGCACAACCCCUCCGCUGCUCCAUUUCUGGGAUGGGCAUGAGGGAUCCACAUUAGCUUCUCACAUUUGUGCUGUGCUGCAGAAAUCUCCAGCAGAUAGCUGGGGACAGUAAGUUGCCUCAGCAAGAUCUGCUGGGGUUUCUGUUGGAGCCUUCAGUUGGCUGGUUACUGAAAGGACAUCAGCAGCGGGUUGUGCAUUUCUCUACCACUUGCAUCUUACCUGUUAAUGAUGAUAGAGUCAUAGAGACAUAGAAUCAUUUAGGCUGGAAAAGACCCUUGAGAUCAUCAAGUCCAACAGUAACUGAUAUAGCAGCCUGGUAAGAAAUUCCAUUAAAAUGAUCAAAAUCUAUGUGGUGCUAAAGGUGACAGGUUUUGUCACUGAAUUGCUUUUGAGAUGCUGUGUUUAAGGACACUAGUCCUGAAUCAGGUCUCACUGAUGCCAACUUGACACCCAAGUGCUUUCACUGCCAGCUGCACUAAGGUUAUCCCUGCUUCACACUGGUGUAAAUGAAGUCAAAACUCAGGCGGUGCAUUUCAAAAGCUGUGCAGGCCUACACUUUAUGAGCUAUCUGAAUAAUUUAUUGUGAUACAAAGAGAAUACUAAGAGGAGUGUAAUGAGUCUCAAGGACUUGCAAUGUGGAAAGCUCCCUUACUGAGUUCCUGGGAAGGGGCUGUUUGAGAGAGGAGGAGUAAGACAGUUUGGGGCUCUUAGCUGCUGUAAUUUGGGCGUUCCUUCUGGGAGUCUGAGGCAAAAAGGUAACUAGAACUGUCUUGAAUAAAUUGCUCUUGAGUA